AUGGCGUGUCUACGAAUAAUAGCUGCUGCUGCUCUUUUACUCGGCCCGUCAUCGGUCACUGCAUUGACCAUUGAAUACUGCUCAGACGAAAACACUGCAUCGGCGAGCACAUUACAAAGGAGCAUAUAUCAAUCGAACGGACUUUGUCAGACGCAAUGCAAUGCGGACUAUGCCUUUGCCGUCCUUCAGGGCAAAGAUUGCUGGUGCUCAGACUAUGUUCCAGCUUCGCAGACCGAUACCUCGGAUUGUAACACUUCGUGUCCCGGCUAUCCAUCCGAUCUUUGCGGCAACACGGACAAAGGCUUAUACGGUUACAUCGCCAUGUCAAAUGUUGAGCCGUCAGGAACAGCAACUGGCACCACCGAUGCUACCGGCACUGCCACGGCUUCAUCAUCAUCAUCUUCUUCCUCUACUUCUUCGUCUUCGGAGGGUACGGCUACUGAAACAUCUACCCCCCUGGUUGAAACCGUUACUGUGACUGCGUCCGAUCCUACGAGCACGACCUUUACUACAUCUGCACUUGCUUCUAGCUCUUCUACGUCCGAUCCAGCGACCACGACCACCUCCCCAGCAAUCUCUGUCCAGACUGAGGCUGGCCAACCUGUGACCAUUACAGUCUCAGACACGUCUGCAACCUCUAGCGCUGCGUCUUCGUCAAACCAGGGCAAGAGUUCAUCAUUAAGUGGGGGAGCAAUUGCGGGAAUUGUCAUCGGAUCGCUUGUGGGUGUAGGAGCUGCCGUCGCUUUCGCAUUGUGGUUUUUCUGUUUCGGACGUCGUGGCGACGAUCGCACCGAGAAAUCGGGAUCUCCAAACGGCGGCAGUGUUGCAGGCGGUACAACUGAUACGCGACGCCAAAGCCGCGGCUCACAAAUGAGCUUUAUGCGUAAUUUCUUGAGUCCGGCCGAUAAUGAAACUUCGCCGACCUCUCCGGUAGACUAUCUCAGUCCGAGCCAGGCUUUUACCGACAACCGUAUGAAAAAGAAUGCAGUUUUAUAUCCUAACGGAGAUCGACAAAGCGCAGUGUCUCUUCGUGAUGACGAGGACUAUUCUCGUCCUGUUUUGAGGGUUCGUCUUUUUAUCAUCUGGUCCUUCUUGAGGUUGUCAUGCUAA